GAUGAAAUUUGAAUGCUGACUAUGACAGUGCACACGCCUUUAAUCCCACCACUUGGGAGACUGAGAGAUGAUGGAUCUCUGAGUUCCAGGCCAGCCUAGAUAAGAAGACAGCUUUAGAGUUGCAGAUGUCAACUGUGACCUUCCUAAGCACACCUGUAUUGCUGGUGCCAGGCAGACAAGACAGUAAGGACUACUAAAAUCAUAGGGGAUGAAUAUUUUACAUGCACAUGUGGCUGGUGGCUGUCAUAUUACUGGAAGGUGGAGGGAGCUAUGACACAAAUUUAAUUAAAAGGUCCUAUUACUACUGGAUUUGCAAGAUUUUUAAUACAAUUUUUUUCUUUGAGUUAUGAUUUAAAUGUCAAAAAUCUUUAAAUUUUUUAAAAAAGGGAACUAUUUUAGUUUUGGGAGUCAGAAUGCCAAGGAAAAGGAAAAGUCUUGGGGGAACUCCUUUGCGGAAGACUGCAAACUCUCGGGAAAUUGUCGCGUCCCGUGUUGCUGGCCAUGAGGAGCCAGCCACUACUCUUCCUUCCGUGUGCGAGACAAAAAUUGAUCAGGAGGAACUCUUCACCAGUAUCUCAGAGAUGUUUUCUGCUCUGGAUCCUGAUGUAGUGUAUUUGAUGCUUUCUGAAUGUGAUUUUAAAGUUGAAAAUGCCAUGGACUGUCUAUUAGAAUUAUCUGCCACUGAUGCCAAGAUGGAAGAGUCACCUUCACAAACUUCUGUUGCUUGUGAGGACAAGGCAGGUGUAUCAGGAAGUGCAGUAGUGGAGAUGCGUCCUCCUGAAGACAACGGCGAGGAUUCAAAACUGGAUUCAUUUUUGGAUAUGCAGCUAACUGAAGACUUGGAUUCUUUAAUACAGAAUGCUUUUGAGAAAUUGAACUCUUCUCCUGAUGACCAAGUAUAUUCAUUUUUGCCUUUGCAGGAUGCUAAGAGUUUUAAUGACCAUUCUACCUUUAUGAAUUCAGAUGCAGGUGGUAUGACUCCUGUUGUUUCUGUACAGAAUACCGGCUCAAACAGUGAAAUUCUCCAGAAUUCUGCUGCUUCACCAGGUUCAAACCCACCACAUUCAGUGCUGAGUGAGCCUGAAAGUUUUACAAAGGGGGGCACACUGCCGUUAGAAGGUAGCUUCCCAGAAGAUUCUCAUCCCAGUAGCUCUUUAAACCCAACAAACAACUCUGUUCUGGGUUGUGGCAAUUUUAGCCAAAGACAGAAAGAUCUUUUAGAACCCAAGUGUCCUAGUGCACAACAGUCUCAAGCCCUUGUAGAUUUGGGUAGCAGUGAAUCUCAGGUUCCUUCAAAUCUUCCUCUCCAAAAUCCAGGACGUGAUUUACCAGGUACCAGUGGAGAUCAGAAAUCUGCUGCUGUGCCUGAUGUUUUUGCGCCCUCUGAAGGGUUCAAUUUCAAGCCACACAAACACCCUGAGCUGCCACCGAAGGGGAAGGAUAUGAAUUACUGCCCAGUUCUUGCCCCUCUUCCCUUACUCCUUCCUCCUCCUCCUCCACCUCCACCAAUUUGGAACCCCAUGAUUCCUGCUUUUGACCUCUUUCAAGGAAACCAUGGCUUUGUAGCCCCUGUUGUAACCACAGCUGCACACUGGAGACCUGUCAACUACACAUUUCCACCCUCCAUGAUCUCCCAUACUUCCCCAACGAAAGUAUGGAGAAGCAGCGAGGGAACCAGUGCUUAUCAAGUGCAGGAGGCCCCAGUGGCCCAGCCUGUGAGGAAGAAAACCACGUCUUACGUUGGCUUAGUUCUCGUGCUUCUCAGAGGGCUGCCAGGCUCGGGGAAGUCCUUUCUGGCAAGGACUUUGCAAGAGGAUAACCCAAGUGGAGUCAUUCUUAGUACUGAUGAUUAUUUUUAUAUAAAUGGACAGUACCAGUUUGAUGUAAAGUACUUAGGAGAAGCCCAUGAGUGGAACCAGAAUCGAGCAAAAGAAGCAUUUGAGAAGAAGGUAUCUCCAAUAAUUAUAGAUAACACAAACCUCCAGGCGUGGGAAAUGAAGCCAUAUGUUGCUUUGUCUCAGAAGCAUAAAUAUAAGGUCCUUUUCCGGGAACCAGACACAUGGUGGAAGUUCAAACCGAAGGAACUUGCAAGGCGUAACAUUCAUGGAGUGAGCAAAGAGAAAAUAGCCCGAAUGCUGGAGCACUACCAGCGUUUUGUGUCUGUGCCAAUAAUCAUGAGUUCCUCCGAUCCAGAGAGAAUGGAGCGGAUUGAGUUGUGUGCGUACUCUUGUGAGGACAGAAGUUCUAGCCCAAGAGACAAUGAAGCUGUUACCUCUGAAAAGGAAGAAAAUGUCUUACCCACAUCUGCGAAGCACUUAGAGUUAAUUGAGGAGAACACGCUUGACGUGGCCAAAGAAGCAGUGUUCCCGGAGAGUGCCCCCCCUGUCCCUCAUGCAGGGUUAGACAGAGGAAGAAAGGACAUGAGUGUUGUGGGUCACGGUGCACACAGCCCCUUCCUGCGGGAAGCCCCAAACACCUGUUUUCCUCACUCUGAAAGCAAAGUUCAAGCCACAGACGAGAGUGAGAAAGAGCAAGAGACAGUGACUUCUAAAGAGUGUGCUGAAGCAGAUGCUUGGAGCCGAGCAGAUGGAGCAUCAUCAGGUAGUUACUGUGCUGAGAUUGAUGAAGAGGCCAGUGAACUUGCGAGUGCUGGGACACUUCAAAGUGGAAACCCCCCACCGCCUGGAAUACUGGAAGAGAGAACAACAGGAAAGAAAAAGACCAUUGGAAAACAAAAAAGCAAAUCAUCUUUGGAAAAGUUUCCAAAGCAUGAGCCAUCAAAUUUUGUUGGUGACUGGCCAGUUGAUAAGACAAUUAGCCAGAGGACCAAAAGGAACCGGAAAACUGAAAAAGGUUUAUCUGUACAAAAUGACAAAAAGUGUAAUCGCCCCCAGUCGCACAAAGUAUUAGAUACUAGGGUAUCUGUGAAUACGGAUCAUAUCCAGCGGCGAGGAUCUCCACAUGGAAACGAUGAUCUUUCAGAAGUGUCUGGUAGCUGUCAAUAUGAUACUUACAAAAGUACUGAGCAAACCUCAUUUAGCAUUGUGGGCGACUGGCCCUCAUCUGCUUCCUUAGCUCAGAGAGAGCACAGAUCAAAAAUACCAAAAGCUGGCUUAAAGGAACCCAACUUAGAAUUUGGAACUAAUGACAACAUGGGUGAAAUACCCUUAUAUUCCACACAUGAGGCUUAUUGGGGCACAAGUCCUGAAGAACUGAAAUCUCUGGGUUCCACCCUUCGAAGAUCUGAGAUGCUGCCUCAUAAAACACCUCAUGAGAGUCAGACUUCCCCGAGUAAAACGCUUCCUAGCCAGCACACACUGCCCCUUCACUUUCCCAGUAGUGCAGCAGCUCUUCCUGGAGUCAUGGGACCUCAGUCUCUAGCAGUGGGAGUGUCUGGGCUAGAUACAAGCACAUGUGCCCAGACUGAGCCCCAAGAUUUUGCUCUUUUGUGGAAACUAGAAAAGAAUAAAAUCAGUGUUUCAGAUUCUGUCAGAGUGUUAACAGGAAAGUUAGAUGGGUUUAAGCCAAAAGAUUUUCCUGUUGAUACCAAAUUAAAUGUUCAAGAAGCAAUUCCAUACAGAGUAAUGCAUGAUAAAAGUACGUAUGUGGAAGAAAGUGAGCUUACCAGUGCUGACGAGUCUGAAAAUCUUAACAUUCUUUGUAAACUAUUUGGAUCGUUUUCCCUAGAAGCCCUGAAGGAUUUAUACGAGAGAUGCAAUAAAGAUAUUAUUUGGGCCACAAGCCUUUUGUUGGACUCUGAGACUAAAUUAUGUGAGGACACUGAGGUUGAGAACCCCCCCAAAUCCUAUGAUGAGUCACAGGUUGGUCCAUUUUCUAUGGGGUUGGAUUUGAAGGAAAUUAUUAGCCACAGAGGAACCUCGGAAGAUUCUAACUCUUCUGUAUCAGAGUUUAAUCCUGGGGUUGGUAUCCGGAACACUAAUGCACAGUCUGCUGGUAGUGCAGAAAAGGGGAGCUCAAAGCAGGAAGAGAUAAGAACUAUAAAUCCUGGAAACCCCGAGUUAAUAACCAGAAUAUUUCCCAGUGCUGCUGUCAAUGCAAAGAAUAGUAAUGAAAUAGUUCCUAACAGUCGUACUGAAUUGUCAGGUGCAUAUGGCUGUAAGCUGUCUCUUCCAUUUACUCCAAAAUCAAAUGUCCUUAAAGAUGUUAGUGAAGCGGACAAAAAUCUAGUAGCUACAGAGACUGGAGGCAGUAUGCAUCCUUUUUUAAAUUUAUCUGAUAUUAUAAACUAUGCAACAAACACUUCAAAUCCUGAAUUAAAUGAAGAAGUUUAUCUUACUGGCUCUUUGGAAGCAAAGAAAAAUGAAAGUCUUCCUACUGAUUAUGUGAAAUUUGGAAACAUGGAAGAAUUUAUCAUUGAAGAUAAACAGGAAAUGGAUAAAAUUCUAAUGCCGGGAACUAGUUUGCCAGCUGGAGUUAGUGAAGAGGAGAAAACUGAGCUAGUGAAUUCCACACCAGUGAUGGCCAAGUCUCUGACCAUAGACUGUCUGGAGUUGGCAUUACCCCCUGAGCUGGCUUUUCAACUGAAUGAAUUAUUUGGCCCAGUUGGUAUUGAUUCAGGGUCUCUGACAGUUGAGGAUUGUGUGGUUCAUAUAGAUCUGAAUCUGGCUAAAGUGAUUCAUGAGAAAUGGAGAGACUCUGUAAUGGAGCGACAGAGACAGGAGGAGGUGUCUUGUGGCAAGUGUGUGCAAGAUCCUUUGCUGACUGGACCUGCUGUUCUUGAUAAUGCUGAACAAAAAUCAUCUCAGAAAGCAGGCAAAAAAUUAUUGAAGACGUUAGUGGCACCUGAGACACUGGAUCCCUGGAACACUCAAACAAAAAAAGUUUCACUGAGAGAAAUAAUGUCAGAAGAAAUCGCCUUGCAGGAGAAACAUGACUUGAAAAGGGAGACAUUUAUGUUUGAAAAAGACUGUGCCACUAAACUAAAGGAGAAGCAGCUCUUUAAAAUAUUCCCAGCCAUUAACCAAAAUUUCCUGGUGGACAUUUUCAAAGAUCACAACUAUUCCCUGGAACACACGGUACAGUUUCUAAACUGUGUUCUUGAAGGAGACCCCGUGAAAACAGUCGUAGCUCAAGAAUGUGUUCACCAAAAUGAGAAUAUCACUUCUCAUUCUGCACUGAAAGGGAAAGAUAAAAAGGCAAAGAAACCAAGAGAGACUGACGAUAUGUCAGCUGACCCGUCUUUCCAGGAUUUUGAGUACCCUGAGUAUGAUGACUACAGGGCAGAGGCUUUCCUGCACCAGCAGAAGAGGAUGGAGUGCUACAGCAAGGCCAAGGAAGCCUACCGCAUGGGGAAGAAGAAUGUGGCCACUUUUUAUGCCCAACAGGGCAGUCUCCAUGAGCAGAAGAUGAAAGAAGCCAACCACCUUGCUGCUGUGGAGAUCUUCGAGAAAGUCAACGCCUCUCUGCUGCCUCAGAAUGUCCUAGACCUCCAUGGGCUGCAUGUGGACGAAGCAAUAGAGCACCUGACGGCAGUGUUACAGCGGAAAACAGAAGAGUUUAAGCAGAAUGGUGGUAAGCCCUAUCUUUCUGUGAUUACGGGGAGAGGAAACCACAGCCAGGGAGGAGUUGCUCGCAUCAAGCCAGCUGUCAUUAAAUACCUCACAAGCCACAGCUUCAGGUUCUCUGAAAUUAAGCCUGGGUGCUUGAAAGUCAUGCUAAAGUAAAAUUUAAAAGCCCUUGACUUAGAGGCAAGAAGGUUUAUAGGCUGAAAUUGGUUUUAUCUUCAGUAAUUCAGUCAAUUCUACUGUCAAAUGUGUCUUAUUAGGAAUAUAAAACAAGAAAAAUGUAAAUGUUUUUCCAAAUUCAAGGAAAGUUUACCGGAUCAAAUGCCAAUCUACUACUUUUAAAACAUUAAAAAGACUUUUUAUUGAUUACAAAAAUUUCUUUUAAAAAAAUUAUCACCUGCAGUUUAAAAGUCUUAAGUACUCUAGUUUGUUUUUAGGAAAAACUCCAAAACAACAAAACUGCUGCCUUUGUAUUUACCGUUUCACAUUUAGAAAAGUCCUGUAGAUGUCUAUCAGGGGCAGCAUGCUUUGAAACUGGAUUCCUGGCUCUCGGAGGACUGUGUUAAAAGUAGUAAAGGAGGAAGGUGAUCAGCAGAACACCGGAUUCUUUCUGCUUUCGAAGCCCAUCGAAGAGUUGCUUGACUUUGCUGUAGUGUGCGACGGGUGCGCACACUCUUGUCCUUUUCUCUGUCACUCUGAUCUUGAUCCCUCCCCUCCUGGGCUGUUCUGAGCCGUGCAUAUCUGGGAGGAAAGCCGAGUCUGAGACUGACUUGUAGUCUCGUAGCUUCUACAGAUAGUAGACAUUUCAGAGAAGGAGAAAUCCUUACAGGACUGCUUGUGGAGCUGUCUGUGAGCAGCUCCACACAAUGCUAAGUGGCUGGUUUAUACUUGAGACAUCAUUUCUAAGCUAUUCUAAAUAAAAACCCUAUUGACUUAAGUGUGAAAACAUUUUUUGGUAUAACUGUAAAGAAAUUCUUGUAAUUAGGAAGAUUUUUUACCUUUAUUUUGAAAAGGAGCCAGCUUUUUGAAAGAAAAGUCUCAUUGACUUCUGUUGGGCUAGUGUCCUGUUAGUAUGUAAAUUCUCGUUUCCUUUAUACAGACUUGUAUGGUGAAGUGUAAUUUUUCUAUGAGACAAUAGUUAAAAUAAAUUUAACUUUGGAUAUACAGAGUAUUUUCAACAUAUACAGUGUUUGGAAACAAUUAUGUUGCUUUUUGUUUAGCUUACAAAAUCACCUUCAUCAGGAAUGUGGCAUUGCCCUGACAGAAUGAGCUCCCAAAGAGCAGACAUGGUAAUGGGAAUAAAACUCAACACACGUUCUUACAUCUUGUGAAUCAUGCUUUUAAAAGAUGAGCCUUACCAUUGAAUUUUAUCUCCAUAAAAACAAAAAUCUGUGUUUAUUACCUACAAAUGGUUAAUGAUUACUGAUAUUCAAGUAUUUAUAUUUUUAGACUUGUAAUAAUUUGUUUUAAAAAUUGCAGUAGUGUAUCACACUUUUUGGUAAUGCUCAGAAGUGAAAUAUAUAAGAAUUCCCUUUUACAAGUUAGUGCAAAAACCAUAAUUAGUAGUUAAUGAAGUAAACUUAUUUCUGUUCUCAAGUUAAUACAGUUUUAAACCUGGAAUAAUUGGAGUGUGUGCAGCUGCAUACUCAUUUUCUGUGUUUUAUAUUUUUUCACCCUUUUAAAAAAAGUCACAUUUGAGUACUCCAGAUAGACUUACUAUAUUACUGUGAUUAUAAUUAAUAAGGGAGCAAUGAGAAGAAGUACAAGUGUGACUCGUUGUGGUUGGAGGCCAAGGGAAAACAGCUGUUCUGAUGCUGUGCAUGGCCUGAGUCUGAGAAGUCUCAUAGUAACCUAGUACAGACCUUGAAGUCGGCCACAAACUCAAAAUCAUUCUGCCUUAUAAUCUUUAACGCUGAGAUAAUAGGUGUGCUUUGCCAUGUUUGGCUUCAUAUUCCUCAAUUACUAUCUAUAAAUAUACAGAGUUUGAACAUUCUAUAUGUUUAUAGUUCCCAGAUUCCUCUCCACCUCCUGUCUGGUAUUGUUUAAGCAGGUACAAUUAUGAAAGAACACCCUCUGAUCUUUUUUUGCCAAUCUCUAAACCGCAUGUCCCAGCCAGAGGUAGAGAGACUUUGGGGAUCAUCAGAUAGACAGUUUUCUUCUGCCCACUUCUAAAUUUUGUAUAUCAGAGGUAAAGAUGGCUUAGAAAUGACCCAGGUUAGAACUCUGUAAACCUAGUAUUUUAAAAGUGUAGCAUUUCUUAAAAAAAAAAAAAAAAAAAGGAAGAUCUCAGUAGCAGUUAUACACAUCUAACAGUCUUGUCAUUGGUACCAACUCAGUGAAGAAAGAACUGACAGGGACUCCACAGUGAGAGCACGGGGCCAGAGCUCUCAUGACCGUUUGCAGUUCCUUUCCUGGUUCCUGUGAGGCAACUUGAGCGUGUUUCAGACAUUCAUUAGCUGUUUAUAUGUUGCUGUUACUUACGAGUUGAGGUUUUCUUCUGUUUAUUAGUUGUUUUUCAGUAUCAUCCAUAAUACAGAGUGGAAACUCGGGCUGAAAUCAUUUGUAUUCUAACAUAUAUAGAAAAGAAAAGCUUCCAGUUCCUCUGGGUGGAUUCUGUCCAUUGCUUUGGUCUUUUUCUCUUUAAAUUGAAGUAUUCGCUUUAGAAGGACAUGUGUAAUGACAAAGUUAUUUCUGAGCUGGCAAUUGGAGACUUUUGAAACUUAAGAAAUUGCUCUGACAAUGUUUUAACUGCUCUCAAGAAAAUGUAUGAAAUGGACAAAAAUAAUGUGUGCUGUUUUUUCUGAGUGCUUUUCCAUUGUGCAAUGAAGUGAUGUUUGAUAAUGCUCUGUGCUGUGCUAAAUGUUUCUUAUACUUAAUUACUUGUAAAGAAAACAGAUUUAAAUGUCUGUGUGGCCAAAACCAAGUGCCAUUUAUAAGGAAAAGUAAGUUGAUGUAGAAUGUAUGUUAAUGGUGCUUAUUUUUAAGGUGUAAUUUAAGUUUACAGUAUUACUUGAUGCCUCUUUACAGAAGGGAAUAGAGAAGCAAGGCUAGAACAUCUGUGUCCUAACACCUCAUGACCUCAGUUUGGUGUUGAUGAAGUUCCUUCAUUGUGUUCUUCACGGUCAAGCAGUUGACUUCGUGAUGAACCUGUUUUUAUUGUUGAGUUUACCCCAGAUGUCUCAUUAAUGUGCCACAUUGCAGCUAGCAGUUGAAGAAUAGAUUAUAAGCUGCUCAGACAGUAUAUUAGAAGCAACUGUUUUAUUUGUACUAUAAAAAUGUGAUUUUUGCUGUCAACUCUAUACUUUUUUAUUGAAAAUGUUUAUAACUUUGCUUUUAAAAUUUCUUACGAAACAUUUGCAAAUUACACACUUAAUUUAAUAAAAUGCUUUAGUCACA